CGCACCAUUUCUAUCCAAGCGCGGCAGCAGUUGUUUACCCGGAGGAGAAGUCGACUCUUGGCGUCUUCCUGUUAUGCUGAUCAGGAAAAACGACACAGCAGACCGGGAUCUGUUCAUGAGAAAUGGCCUCGAAAACUAGGACUAGGACUAGGACUUUGGCUGAAACGUUGGAGAACCUGUCGCAGCAUAACUUUGAGCAUUUCUGCUUCAAGCUAGUGAUCCGCAGAGGACUGCCGCGGGUCAGACGCUCCUCGGUGAACGGGAGAAGCAGCUUGGAAGUCGCAGAUGUGCUGGUUUCAACUUUUACCUUAGCCGGAGCUGUUCAAGUGGCUGUGGAGAUACUGAGAGACAUAGGUUGCUACGAGGAUGCAGAACUACUCGCUGCAAGAGCCUCAGCUGAAGUAAGACAUUUUAAUGCCACAGCAGAGAAACAUGAGUCUAUACUGCUCCAGAAAAUUUUGGCAACACUGGAGGAUUUAAAAAACAAGCACUUUGAGGAAUUCAAGUGGCUCCUUCGGCAAACUGAAAAAAAAAAAGGCUUCCCAGGAAUCCCAAAGUAUCGAAUGGAGAUAGCAAGCAGAGUUGAAGUAGCAGAGCUGAUGGUGGAGACCUACGGCCUGCAGUCUGUGGAGGUGACCAGGGAGGUUUUAGAGAAGAUGAACAGGAGAGAUCUGGUGCAGAGGUUCUCUGAAAUCAGCUUAGGAUCUGAAGGAAGCUUGGAGCUUGAGGGUUGUGGCAGCACGAUGCAGGUCUCCAGUGACUGGACUAAACUUGACCCUGAAGUGAUCAGUACAGAUGAGGCUACAACUUACAGCCUACAGUCUGAAGCAGGAAACUUUGAAUGCAGCGUCUCUGGCUUGCGCUGGGUCUGUAAAGAAAAGGUCAGCUUGAAGUACAAGUUCUGCUCUUCGAAGUAUCACAUGGAGAAGAUUGAAAGCAUACAGUACAUGCCAGCAGGGCCCCUUAUGGACGUCACAGCCAUUGCUGGGAAGUUAGAUGUUGUGUACCUGCCUCACUGGAUCUGCAUUGAUGACAACCCUACAAUAUUAGACAAGUUUGCAGUCCUGCACAUAGAUGACUGUGGAGUUACUGUGGAAAAAGUGUCUGAGGUCACAUCGUCCCAUGUCAAGCUGUGUGAGCCAACUUUCUCUCUGAAAAUGGUCCUGGUCAAACUUGGCUUUUCAGUAGAAAUAAACUGCAAGGUGUUCGUAUACAAGACCAACAGACCAUUCCUCAAACUCCAUGUUUACCUGAUCCCACCUGACCCUGCUCUGAAAGAGGAAUUGGAUGAGACUGAAAAAUCCUUUGGAUAUGAAAGAAUCCAAUUGCAACAUCCAAAGAAGCCUCUGAAGAUGAAUGAUUGGUUCAUCCUUACAGCACAUUUGGAUGGCAAAGAAAUGGAUUCUGAUACAUUACAGCUCAUAUAUGAAAGCAUGGAGCCCAACUUCUACGAAUUGUUUAUUAUGAAUCCAGACAAAGACAUUGAGCUCCAGCUGAAACGGGAAAAGGAGCUUCCUGUAUGGACUCGUAAAAUUCUAAAAGAAGCAUAUCAAAGCACAGGUCCUUUACAAGCCUCAGGGGAGCACUUUGUGGAUAAACAUCGAGUGACACUGAUCAAGAGAGUGAGCAACCUUGCAGCCAUUUUGGAUGAUCUCCUCGACAAAAAAGUCAUCCAACAAGAGGUUUAUGCAGAAAUCUGUGCGAAAUGUACAGAUGAGGACAAGAUAAGGGCACUCUACUCUGGUCCCCUGAAAGCCGGUGAAACCUGCAAGGACAUCUUCUACAAAAUCCUUGGGAAAAAUGAGCCAUUUCUCAUUCAGGAGCUUGAGGAGUGAAUAAUGUAGUGGAAUCCUUAUUGGUCACGCUAUACAUAACAGACAGUUGUUAUUACAAUUGCUCUGCAGUUAUGGUGUCGUUCUUUCUUUCUUUCUCUCUCUCUCUAUAUAUAUAUCUG